CAUUGUAAUUCUGUGUGAGAGGAACUUAAAAAAAUAUUCAAAAUCAGAAGAGAUACAAAUGCCUUCCCAUUUAAAAAUCCCUCGAAGGAGCUCUGAUACAAGAAAGGUUUAAGUAGGGUUUACCAGAAUUGUCAUCUAACUUUUUUGCCAUGAGUAGACUCGAACUCUGAUGUAGUUUUUUGUUUGGGAUUACUGGGGUAAGUUUCUCCGAAAAUGCAGGUUGCUGGGAACAGAGGUCUCCAGAGGGCUAUCAGAAGCCCAUUUUUAUUUUCAGUACAAACUAUUUUAACUUCAAAAUCCGCACAAGAUUACGAGCAAUUGAAUGUCGUUAGGAGUUUCGGCGCAUUUGUCCAAGGAAAUAAUACGCCAGGUGGUGUUUGCCAAUAUGCUGGUCAAUAUUUGGUGAACAGGAGAAUGCAACGGUUUCUGUCCACAGAAGUUGAGAAACCAAACUCAAAUCCUACAGAAGCUGUACAGGAGUUGUACCAGAAAAUUAUCGAAUCACUGGAUUCUAAAAAUUUACCUCCAAAUACCCUGCGGGAUUCAUUUCUGGAAAAGUGUAAGAACACUGAAGAUGUGAAGCUGGUGUUUGAGCUCUUGGAGAAGCUUCGGAUUUUUAAAACAGCAGGCUUAUGUCAGCACGCAAACUGGCCAAAACAGAUUACUAGAGCAGUUGCUUCUGCAUGCAUUCGUGCAAAAGCUCCAGAAAUUGGAUUAAAGACUCUUUGGAGACACAAUGUUUAUGGACUCACGCCAGAUAUUGGUGCUGCCCAUAUUCUUCUGCUUUAUUCAAGAGAGAAAAAGAACAUUGUUCUCAUGAACAAAAUUCUGGAGACCGUGAAAAAGAAUGUCUUGAAAGCACACCCAAAAACUGCAGAUAUUGUUCUCAGCAUAUGCAAUGACACCAAGAAAUGGAGUUCGAUGAUAAUACAUGCUAAAAAAUUCCUCGAUGAUGGGGUGAAGCUUCAUCCUGGUGCUUAUGACAAAUUGAUUUCUUGUGCAGCUAAAUUUGGAAAAACAGAAAACAUUUUGAGAGUACAGGAACUGCUAGCGGCAUCUGGAUUCAUGCAGACAGUUCCAAGCACAUUUGUGUGUGCUAAGGCUUAUCUAUUGAAGCAGCAACCUCAAGAGGCAGCUAAAGUCAUUUUCAAAUUCAAUCAGGCAUGCUACCUUGAGAAUCAGUCUGAGACAAAGAAGUCUGCAGUUUAUCAGGAACUAGAACUACUGGUAGAUCAAUGGCCAGAGGUGGUGAUUGUUAAGCAAGCUAAAGUUGACAGGAAGGCCUUCUCUUCUAAGUUGAAGGAUUGCAUCUCUAAGAUGUUCAAUCAUCUUCAGAAUAUGGGAUUUGAAGUUUCAUUGAAUGUUGACGAAAGGUAUUGCUCAAAAAUCAAGAAGACCACAUAAAAUUUAUGGAAUUUAUAUUUCAAAUUAUUUGUAAUCAUGGUCAGCCAGUCUACCUGAUAAAAUCUGAGAGAAAUUCUAUUAAGUGCUUUUAAUGUUAGAAGAACCAAACCAACAUGUGACAAUUCCCAUUGCUGAUAUCACAUCUCCAAAUCAUGAGGUUAAUGCACAGUAUUUUUGGUUCAUCUUGAAAACCUGAAUGCUGUGCCUUUUGUGGGGCGUGCUAUAAAUAUUUAAUUUGUUACUGUUGUAGAGCUGCAAAUAUAUGUACCUAAUUUCCUAUUCUGAGAAAACACAAAGUUUUGAUCAACAGGCGGAACAAAAGCUUCAAGAAACAUUUAGGUGAUUAAGUGCUGUUGAGUCUGCACAUUUUUAGAGAUCCAGAAUUUUUGCUUUCGUAACUGUAGAUCAUUUUUAAUUUGGUAUUGCUGUGGGUAUUAUUCUGCUCUAA